AUGGACGAGGAAUAUUACGAAAGGAAUAUUGGAGACUGGGAUGGUCCGGAUGGCAAUGUAAGUAUAAUCUGUACAAUGUAGCUAGUGAAUGUACAAUGUUACAACAAAAUGGUAACGUUAAGGGAGCUAGCUCUACAUUGUUGCUGACUGUUGAUUCAUUGCUUGACAGACAAAUCGCAAAUGUAUAUGGUGAUUGCUACAAUCUUAGGAUGUUCCUUCCUUGGCUGAAGUGAUGUGACUUUCAUCUAGCAGGACGACUAUGUUGAAGGGGAGAACGAUGGGAAAGUUCAGGAGGACUGCCUACAGAAGUUCUCCAGCAGAGAUUACAUCAUGGAGCCUGCUGUCUUCAACACCCUCAAAACGUAAACACAUUAUUGCAUUUGUGUGUGUCUAGUAGUGUGUGAAGAGUCAAACCAUUUCCUGAAGAGACUUCUGUUUCCACAGAUAUUUCCAGGCUGGUGGCUCCCCUGAACAUGUCAUCCAGCUCCUGUCAGAGAACUACUCAGCUGUGGCCCAGACUGUCAACCUGCUGGCAGAGUGGCUCAUCCAGAUGGGUAAACAACACUGGACUGAGCUGCAAAUGGCACCCUCUUCCCUAUGUUUUGGGCCGUUUGGGACCAAGGCCUGGACUCGUCCACAAUCACUGAAAAUGUGUUUUGGUUUCUCACACUGUUUGAGACACACAGCCCAUCUUUCUGUGUAUUUCAGGUGUAGAGCCAGCUCAGGUGCAGGAGCGGGUAGAGAAUCACUUGAAGAGUCUCCUGAUCAAGCACUUUGACCCCCAGAAGGCAGACUCCAUUUUUACUGUGGAGGGAGAGGUGAGAUCUCUGUCGCCAGUGAUAGACAAACUACUAAUGCUUUGGAAGUGACAGAUGGCUGAAAAGUGGCGAUCUCCUGCUUGCUUGCUGUUUUUUCCCACUCUUACUGUAUUUUUUCACGCUUACUGUUGUUUCCCUCAGAGGAUAGUCGUAACCCUAUAGUAUACAGAGUAACCCUGUCCUUCUGUGUUUGUUCAGACUCCUGCCUGGCUGGAACAGAUGAUCGCCCACACCACCUGGAGAGACCUUUUUUACAAGCUGGCCGAGGCCCACCCUGACUGUCUGAUGCUCAACUUCACUGUCAAGGUACUGAUGAUCACCCAGCAGUUAAUAACUUCUAUAAUUAUGGGUCAAACAGUGCCAUGUUCCUCCUCUCCUUGCUGACUGUGUGUGUGUGUCCUCAGCUCAUCUCAGACGCAGGCUACCAGGGGGAGAUCACCAGUGUGUCCACGGCUUGCCAGCAGCUGGAGGUGUUCUCCAGGGUCCUGAGGACCUCUCUGGCCACGCUGCUGGAUGGAGGAGAGGAUAACCUAGAGAAGAAUCUGCCAGAAUUCGCUGUGAGUCUCACCCAGCCACAUGCAGAUUGUGGGCCUGUAGAGAAGGAGUGCUGAUCUCGGAUCAGGUCCCCCCUGUCCAUAUAUUUAUAUUGAUUAGGAUGUAAAAGUCAAUACUGAUUAUAGUUCAGCACUCCUACUCUGAGUCACUUUAUGAAUACCGGCCCUGUUGUUCCCAAGAAUAAGAUCUAGGCCUAUCUGUCAUUCUCACUCAAUACAAAAUCCUUGGUUUGAUGGUUUUGAAAAUGUGAUGUAUUUGAGGUUUUGAUUCAUUUGAAAGCGAUCCUACAAUAUGGAAUUGCAUGGACAUGGGUAACACAACAUGAUAUUACAGGCUACCUGUCUUUUGGCAUGAGUGUCUCUGUUGGUGUGGUUGGUUUGGAGCUGAACUGUUCUCUCCUCCUUUUCUGCAUUCCACAGAAGAUGGUGUGUCACGGGGAGCACACAUACCUGUUUGCCCAGGCCAUGAUGUCCAUCAUGUCUCAGGAGGAGCAGGGGGGGUCGGCCAUGCGCAGGAUCGGCCAGGAAGUACAGAAGUCUGCACAUCAGAGGUAUCCUGUCCUUUACAUGAUUUUUCCAGCAUUGACUUAUCUUGGCUCUUAUAAACAGCAAAGGCCGUUGACGAAUGUCAUCCAUCUUGGCAGCAUUUUGCCAGAAUUACAUAUUGAUUAGAGGAAAUGUACAGUACCAGUCAAAAGUUUGGACACACCUACUCAUCCAAGGGUUUUUCUUUAUUUUUACUAUUUUCUACAUUGUAGAAUAAUAGUGAAGACAUCAAAACUAUGAAAUAACACAUAUAAAAUCAUGUGUUAAACAAAUCAAAAUAUAUUUUAGAUUCUUCAAAGUAGCCACCCAUUGCCUUGAUGACAGCUUUGUACACUCUUGGCAUUCUCUCAACCAGCUUCACCUGGAAUGCUUUUCCAACAGUCUUGAAGGAGUUCCCACAUAUGCUGAGCACUUGUUAGAUGCUUUUCCUUCACUGCGGUCCAACUCAUCCCAAACCAUCUCAAUUGGGUUGAGGUCGGGUGAUCGUGGAGGCCAUGUUAUCUGAUGCAGCACUCCAUCACUCUCCUUGGUCAAAUAGCCCUUACACAGCCUGGAGGUGUGUUGGGUCAUUGUCCUGUUGAAAAACAAAUGACAGUCCCACUAAGCGCAAACCAGAUGGGAUGGCGUAUCGGUGCAGAAUGCUAUGGUAGCCAUGCUGGUUAAGUGUGCCUUGAUGUCUAAAUAAAUCACAGACAGUGUCACCAGCAAAGCACCAUCACACCUCCUCAUCCAUGCUUCACGGUGGGAACCACACAUUUUGGAGAUCAUCCGUUCACCUAUUCUGCGGCUCACAAAGACACGGCGGUUGGAACCAUACAUUUCAAAUUUGGACUAAUCCACCAGUCUAAUGUCCAUUGCUUGUGUUUCUUGGCCCAAUCAAGUCUCUUCUUCUUAUUGGUGUCCUUUAGUAGUGGUUUCUUUGCAGCAAUUCGACCAUGAAGGCCUGAUCCACGCAGUCUCCUCUGAACAGUGGAUGUUGAGAUGUCUGUUACUUGAACUCUGUGAAGCAUUUAUUUGGGCUGCAAUUUCUGAGGCUGGAAACUCUAGUGAACGUAUCCUCUGCAGCAGAGGUAACUCUGGGUCUUCCUUUCCUGUGGCGGUCCUCAUGAAAGCCACUUUCAUCAUAGCGCUUGAUGGUUUUUGCGACUUCACUUGAAGAAACUUUCAAGUUCUUGAAAUUUUCCAGAUUGACUGACCUUCAUGUCUUGAAGUAUUGAUGGACUGUUGUUUCUCUUUGCUUAUUUGAGCUGUUCUUGCCAUAAUAUGGACUUGGUAUUUUACCAAAUAGGGAUUAUCUUCUGUAUACCAAACCUAUCUUGUCACAGCACAACUGAUUGGCUCAAACGCAUUAAGAAGGAAAUAAAUUCCACAAAUUAACUUUUAACAAGGCACACCUGUUAAUUGAAAUGCAUUCCAGGUGACUACCUCAUGAAGCUGGUUGAGAGAAUACCAAGAGUGUGCAAAGCUGUCAUCAAGGCAAAGGGUGGCUACUUUGAAGAAACUCAAAUAUAAAAUAUAUUUUGAUUUGUUUAACACUUUUUUGUUUACUACAUGAUUCCAUAUGUGUUAUAUCAUAGUUUUGAUGUCUUCACUAUUAUUCUACAAUGUAGAAAAUUGUAAAAAUAAAGAAAAACCCUUGAAUGAGUAGGUGUCCAAACUUUGGAUUGGUACUGUAUUUAAUUUAAUUGAUUCCUGCGUUUUCUAAAAUUAUUUUAUUAUUAUUUGUAAAAUUCAGUGUUACAAUAAACAUUGAGUGAGCAGCUUUGUGGAACAGGCUGUGUAAUGAAAUUAUGGUCUCAACUAUCACACUCUCAACUGAAUGGGUAUUGUAAUAUUGUUGGUAGCUAAUUUUAUUACAGUCUAUAUGUUCCUCCAGGAACAAAGCGGUUUAAGUACGUAAGUUCAUUUGAGUGUUUUACUGUUCCUUGUGAUGUUGUUUUAAUUUCAGGGGCCAUGAUGCCAGUCAGAUCACUCUGGCAUUGGGCACAGCAGCAGCCUACCCUCGAGCCUGCCAGGCCCUGGGCGCAAUGCUGUCCAAAGGGGCACUCAACCCUGCCGACAUCACUGUGCUCUUCAAGAUGUUCAGCAGCAUGGACCCACCUCCCGUAGAGCUGGUUAGUGUGGAGCAUCAAGCCACUUUAUAAACUCUAACCUAGGUUGCGCCCCAAAUGGCACCCUAUUCCCUAUAUAGUGCAGUACUUUUGAUCAAAAGUGGCGCACUACAUAUGGAAUAAGGUGCUAUUCUCCAAGUUAAAUAGAUGGAGGGAUAUUUUCAACGGCCUUGCAUGUUGUAUGUGACAGUAAACACAAACAGAUGUGGGACUAGGCUAGCCUUACCAAGAUGCUAAACAGAGAAUUGCUUGUCUUUCAGCUGUUGCUAUUGUCUUUUGAGAUGGAGUGGGUGAAGUAUUUUCUGUUGUCUCUUCAGAUCCGAGUGCCUGCGUUCCUGGACCUGUUCAUGCAGUCGCUGUUCAAGCCAGGCUCAAAGAUCAACCAGGACCAUAAACACAAAUACAUUCACAUCCUGGCCUACGCUGCCAGUGUGGUUGAAACAUGGAAAAAGGUACCAGAAACAAAAACAUCCUUGACAUAAAUCCCUCAUACUAGCAAGUUUAUCAGAUUUUCUGUCGUAGCUCAUACGUGUGUGCAAAAUGUGAAAUGUUUUUUUUACCGGUAUGUGAGAAUAUUUUAUUCAAUGACACGUUGUUUUUUCCCCAAGUAAAAACAUCCAGAUAACAGUAUGGCUCUCUUUUCAUCCAUCCACAGAACAAGCGAGUGAACAUCAACAAGGACGAGCUCAAGUCCACCUCCAAGGCUAUUGAGACGGUCCAUAACCUGUGUUGCAAUGAGAAUAAAGGAGCCACAGAACUGGUGGCUGAGCUCAGCACCCUGUACCAGUGCAUCCGGUGAGCCCAGCAGCCAACCUAAUGAGCCCAUGGGUCUCCAAUAUGUAGCUAACAGGAUUCCAAGAAUAUAAUUGGUUACCACUGUCGAUUGAGACUUCCUUUGGGUGACCAUCGUCACUAUGUCCAUUUUCAGGUUCCCAGUUGUUGCCAUGGGGGUACUGAAGUGGGUUGAUUGGACGGUCUCUGAGCCCCGCUACUUCCAGCUCCAGACAGACCACACCCCUGUCCACCUAGCACUUUUGGACGAGGUAGGGGUUGCGCUUUUCCUCUGGUUGAGGGAGGAUUUUGUUGUGGUAUUAUGGUAUACUCACAGUACCUGUGAUAUGUGAGUCCCAAAUGGCACCCUAUUACCUAUAUAGUGCACUACUAAUGCCCCAUGUGCCCUGGUCGAUAGUAGUGUACUAUAUAGGAAAUGGGGUGCCAUUUGGAACGGAUCAAAGUAGUGCACUAUAUAGUGAAUCGGGUGCCAUUUGGGACGCACACACAGAUUGUGCCUUUAACUGUCAUUCUUGGAAUUGUUUUGGUGGUUAAAGACUAGGGCCAGGUUUCAAUCCAAUCACCCCUUUUCAACUAUGCACCAUUUAAAGGCAAUGUUACCGCAGUCGCAGAGAUCGCGUUCAAAGUAAACGCUGCAGAUGUCGGCUCAAUCGGAAAUUACCUUUAAACAUUAACCGCACUACAACGCGGAUCUUCUGCAGUCCGGAUUGAGUCCUGGCCUUGGACUGAUCCCCAAUCAGGUGUUAAGGACAGAGAGUAAUGAGAACAUCAUGUUUGUUUUUAUUCCCCAGAUCAGCACCUGUCACCAGCUCCUGCACCCACAGGUCCUCCAGCUACUGAUCAAGCUAUUUGAGACAGAACACUCCCAGCUCGAUGUCAUGGAGCAGGUGUGUGUGUGUUUUGCAUGCGUGCGUAGGCUUAAUCUGAGCCCAUGCAAUCACCCCAUAGACUUUCAGUGGAUUACUUCUUAGCUGACUGUAUGAGUGUUGUUGUCCCUGUCAGAUGGAGCUGAAGAAAACCCUGUUGGAUCGUAUGGUCCACCUGCUGAGUCGAGGCUACGUGCUGCCUGUGGUCGGAUAUAUCCGCAAGUGCCUGGAGAAGCUCAACACGGACAUCUCUCUCAUCCGCUACUUUGUAACAGAGGUAAGGCCCACUUUGAGCCAGAAACGACUGGCACUGAGGUCCCAUUUAAAGAGAAGUGAAACAUAAAAAAAAAAAAACGUUCGGUCCAACGUAGUUGCGCUUGACGAAUUGGUAGUGGAAUUGAAAAUAUUUAUAUUUCUGUUUGCCCUAUCAGGUGUUGGAUGUGAUUGCCCCUCCGUACACGUCAGACUUUGUCCAGCUGUUCCUGCCCAUCCUGGAGAAUGACAGCAUCGCUGGCACCAUCCGCACAGAGGGAGAACACGAUCCUGUUGCUGAAUUCAUAGGUCAGUCUCUUAUACCAUGUUUUUCAUGGCCCAAAACUAUCUACAUAUUGAUUAUAUGACUAAAUAUAAUUAUCUUUCUGCUCUGUUUCAGCUCACUGCAAAUCCAACUUCAUCAUGAUGAACUGA